AUGACUUCACGCUUCUUUGCAACCGGCGACACUUCCGAAGAGGAGUCCUCCUCGUCUUCGGGGGAGCUCUCCGAUGCGGUGGACGUCGUGCCGCGCGCCGGAUCCGGGCCAGCUCGCGUCACAGGUGCCACCGGCGCAGUGAGUUCCACCGUGGGAGGAGGGUUCAGCAGGGCCCGGUUUCUCAUGGAUGAGGACGAAUCAGACUCCGACAGCGAUGGAAGACGAGUCGUAAAGUCCAAGGAGACGAAAAAGUAUGAGGCGCUUGUGCACUCGCUUCGGCAGUUGCGAAAUCACCUCAAAAUUAACGACUGGACCAGCGUGCAGCAAGAUUUUGACGAGCUAAACCGACGCUUGGAGCGGGCACUGUCCACGGACGUUGCCAGAGGCGGGCGUCCGCCUGUGCCGCGUCCCUAUGUGAAAGCGCUAGUACUUUUGGAGGACGAGAUCGCAAAAACGCUCGCAGAGAAACCGAAAUUAAGCAAAACGAAUACCAAGGCACUGAACACGACUCGGCAGCGCCUUCGCAAAAAUAACCGAGAGUACGAAGAAGCAAUCAACGAGUACAGAGCCAGUGGCGCGGAUCCCUGGGAAUCGAGUGAAGCGGGUGCGAGCUCAUCCGGCGAGUCAGAAACGCCCGAACUCGAGACCUUGGAACCUGAAGUUCUCGAUCGCAAACGUAGAUCGGGAAAAGCAAGCUUCGUUGGAUCGCGUCCAGCUGGCACUGCCCGCGGUACGUCGGAAGCUUCAUCGUCGUCGGCCGGCACCGCCAGUGACACCGACAGCGAAAGCAAAUCCGAUGCAUCGUCUUCCUGGGCUACUUCGAGCUCCGAUGAGGACGAAAGCUCAAGUGAGGAAUCGUCAGAGAGCCUAGCAGCAGAGGAACCUGCAGAGGCUGUGCGCGGUGCGAGAGCGGCUCGCUGGCUCCGACGCGAGUCAUCCGCCUCCUCCUCAUCAUCCUCGUCGCUUUCAUUAUCGAGAAGUGAUGAAAGUUCUGACGAUUCCUCCGUAUCGGGACGUCGCGGGCGACAGGAGCGACGCGCCCGUGCGGUGAGACGCAAGAGCCGUGCCGACGAGGACGCCGAUGGAUUCAUCAGGAAAUACGCAUCGCCGGCUCGUGAGGAGAAACCCGAGGAUCUAACCGCCGAGCAGGUGGAAGAGCGCAUCGUACAACUUGUUGCUGCUCGCGGACGCAAAGGAACGGAUCGCCGCGAACAAGUACGGCAAAUGGAGUGGCUUUCCCGGGCCGCAAAGACGCCAGCACAGCUCGUGCGCGUUCUGCUACAUAUGAUCGCCGCCCAGUUCGAUCUUGGGCAUACCCUCGGCGUCAUGCCCCGGGAUAUGUACCAGGCUGCUGCAAACACGGCGGAAAGGUUACUGCAGAUCGCAAAGUCACACCCCAAAGUUGUGCGCUCGGCGAUCCGCGACUUGGGAGCAGCAUCCGGCGCUCUGGGGUCGACCGAAGCCGAAACCCUCGAAUACGUGAUGGUGGAUUUUGCGGCUCUUGUCGAACGUUUGGACGAUGAACUGACCCGUGCUUUCCAAGCAUCGAAUCCGCACUCCACAGAAUACGUGGAACGGCUGCGAGACGAACCUCGCUGGCUUGAUUUCGCACGACGAGUUCAGCACUACUAUGAAGAACAGGUGGGGGAUGCGUGCCAAGCGGCGCGCGUCGCAGCUCGUCGCAUUCUGCACCUUUACUAUCAGACAAGCGCUAUGUACCAGCGCAUGCGUCUCUUGAAGAGUGCAACGGAACCAGCUGCUGAGGAAGCGGAAGGGUCUGACCUGGAAACGCUUUUCACGGAGUUGACGGUCCUCGUGUACCGCCACGGCGACGAACGAGCCAAGGCGGAAACAAUGCUCGCGCAUGUGUACCACCUCGCCAUCGAGAAUCAAUUCUUUCGGGCCCGAGACCUUUUCUUGAUGACGCAUCUGCAGGAGAGCAUUCAGCAGCAGGAUAUUGGCUUGCAGAUCAUGUACAACAGGGCGCUGGCCCAGCUCGGUCUUUGUGCAUUCCGCUGUGGUCUCAUUGGCGAAACCCAUGCCUGUCUCGCUGAUCUCUGUUCACCUCCGCAGUUCUUUGAUCCGCGUACUGGAACUGCCUCCACAUCCAUGUCGAGGAUCCGAGAACUGCUCGCUCAGCAUGCACCCCCGACGCGUCCAGCUGGACCAGGGACAGUCAACAGUAACGCCUCUGACGCGGAUCGACGCCGACAAGUCCCUUUCCACAUGCAGAUCUCGACUGAACUCCUUGAAGCUGUUCACUUGACAUCGGCGAUGCUCCUCGAGGUGCCACUGAUGGCUGCGGUAUCCGCUCGCAACGCGGACUGGCUCGCUCGGAUCGAUGCUUCAGCCCAUGGUGAAUUGUUCACCAGUGGGUGGAAUCAGAAUCUGCCGCAAGCUAGUGGACUGAGUAGUCUACAGCAACAAGCGCGACAAGUAAGCGUUUCGCGGGCUUGGCAGCAUUUCAUGCGUGGCUCACUCCGAGGUCAGAUAUCGGGGCCACCUGAGAACACCCGCGAUCACAUUGUAGUGGCGAGCAAGCAUCUGCUGCAGGGUGACUGGCGUGCUGCCUAUGAAGUGCUCGCGAGCGCCAAGGUAUGGGCCCAGCUUGAACCUGGCCUGAGUGAUUCGGCUUCCAGUCAGGAAAGUGCGGCUGGACAAGCAACACAGGCGGCGUCAUCCGCUGAGACCGAAGGGCCCCCGACUGGCCGUCAUGCAUCGUGCUUGAGUCGUUUGCAGCCCCAGCUGAAGGAGGCUGCGCUCAAGGCGUUCGUACUAGCCUAUGCCCCAUACUGUGACACGUUUGCCCUAGAGACAGAAUUGGCCGAGCACUUUGAAUUGGAACCUCGACGCAUUCAUGCGAUUCUGAGCAAGAUGAUCGUUCAGGGCGAGCUGUCGGCCCGUUGGGAUCAACCCACCGGGGUACUUGCGGUGCAUCAUCGGCAUAUGACGCGGCUCCAACGCCUCAGCAUCGCGUGGGCCGAGAAACUCACGCAGCUGCUGGAGAACAACGAGCGACUCGUAGACAUGCGGUCGGAUGUAGAAUUGGCCACAUCCUCAGCGGCAGACCCCGAGCAUACGCCUUCGGCGGCUAGUAGUGCCGGGCACGGCCCACGCGUCAGCGCCUAG